GUCUCGUUUUCGAUAACUCUCUCUCUGUCUCUCUCUGUUUUUCGUUUCUUUUUUUGGUCUCCAAUCCAAUCAAAUCCACAUUUUCUUCGCACUCUAAUCAAUCGAUGCCAUACUCCAGUGUGUGAGUAAGUGAGUGAGUGAGUGAGUGAAGAGCUUCUUCAAUGGCGAUGCCAAUCGUCGACACGGAUUACCUCAAGGAAAUCGACAAAGCUCGUCGUGAUCUCCGCGCUCUCAUCUCCAUCAAGAACUGCGCUCCCAUCAUGCUCCGCUUAGCGUGGCACGAUGCUGGGACAUAUGAUGUGAACACGAAGACGGGAGGCCCUAAUGGCUCAAUUAGGAACGAGGAAGAGUACUCUCAUGGCUCAAACAAUGGUUUAAAGAUUGCAAUUGACUUUUGCGAGGAAGUAAAGUCUAAACAUCCAAAGAUUUCAUAUGCAGACCUCUACCAGCUUGCUGGUGUUGUUGCAGUUGAGAUCACUGGGGGUCCAACCAUUGACUUUGUUCCUGGUAGAAAGGAUUCAAAGAUCUCUCCGAAGGAAGGGCGACUUCCGAAUGCUACUAAAGGGGUGCCGCAUCUAAGGGACAUAUUCUACCGGAUGGGUUUAUCUGACAAGGAUAUUGUGGCACUGUCGGGGGGACACACUUUGGGAAGGGCACAUCCAGAGAGAUCAGGUUUUGAUGGCCUAUGGACUAAGGAGCCUCUGAAGUUUGAUAAUUCAUACUUCGUGGAGCUGCUGAAAGGAGAAUCAGAGGGGCUGUUGCAACUUCCAACGGACAAGGCUUUAUUGGAUGAUCCUGAGUUUCGUCGUUAUGUUGAGCUGUAUGCAAAGGAAGAGGACGCAUUCUUCAGAGACUAUGCAGUAUCACACAAGAAACUCUCCGAAUUAGGGUUUACUCCUAGUUCCCCUGGUUCCAGGGCAAUUGUGAAGGACAGUGCCAUAUUGGCACAAAGUGCCUUUGGUGUUGCUGUUACUGCUGCCGUGGUGGUCCUGACUUACUUGUAUGAAGUUCGAAAGAAGACAAAGUAAAAAAAGUAGAAGACUUCUACAAUCGCUCUAUUAAAUGUCUAUACAUUGAUAUCAAAUUAAUAUGAAUUAUUGCAAUGAGCAAUAUCUACCAGAAAAGGAGUUGGAUAAUUGAUAUUUUCAUUUUGGCAGCGGUCACAAUAAUACAUACUGAAUGGAAAUAGUUCCCAUGUUGUGGUAAACAUUGGAUUACAUGGAUGAGAUAUGUGUUUGUUAUGAUUAGGUUUUUAAUUCCCUUAUUCUGAAAAGCCUGUGGGCAUUGAAAUCUAUUGAA